AUGAAACAGGAACUGGAGGAGUUGGAAAGAAAACAACGUCGUCGAAUGGCUGCUCUUCAGAAAGCCGAAGAGGAGCAGCGACUAAGAGAGGUGGCGGAACGUGAAGAACAGCUAGCCAGGGAACGCCAAGCGCGUCAGGAGCAAGAGAGGUUAGUUUAUUAAUUUGCGCGUACAUUGCUACUUUUGUUAAGUACGUAGUAUUAAUUAAAGACUAUAAAUAACCUCGAGCGUUAUGUGCCUCGCGCCACCGCCGCCGCCGGGAUAUUGAGUCCAGCCAUGCAUGAAAGAAGACUCAUUGAGCUUCUGUGUUCGAUAGCAAUAAAAUAAGUAUAAGUUAACUUGUAAGAGUGGGACUGGUUCGUUUCCAAAACACCACCAAAUGACCAUAUUUCUGAGCGUUGGAAGUACAUUAUCUAAGUAACUUUAGAAAGACAACUGUGGUCGCGACAAAUCUGAGAAGCGCCUAUAGUCGUAGUGCGCUUAUCCGAGCUUUUCCCUGAUAACUGAAAUAAAUGCCAUUGUUGAAUGGCUCUAGUAAUUAGUUUACGUCUGGCGGAAAUGCGAACGUUGAUAAGGAAGUAGUGUAAGCAUCUAACCAACUCCUACAGACGAUUCUAUAACAAAGUCAGUUAGGACCGCAUGCAUUACACAAAAAUGGAAAUCCGGACUGAUCCCUGGUUUAUCAUAGACCAACAUAAAUCAGUUUUUUUGUCGCCAACUGCGUUAGCUUAAGUUGGCCCAGGUAAAAUUUUACAUAUUCGAAAAAUGCAUAUGAAGAAUUCGCCUGAGAAAGCGAGCUCAGAAUACUAAUAGUGAGUGGCACCUUCAGAUGUUGUUUAAAUUAACUCCAACUUUUUGUUUCAAACGUAAAACUAGGAUCGCUUGUUCAGAUGCGGACAGCAGCUGCUUUUUAAGAAGUAUGUGCUUCUGUUUAAAACAACCCUAUCCUUUACGACCGACUUAAGGCUAGGUGCGAUCACAUUUCCUGCCACCGAUCGACAGUACUUUAUUUAUGCUUACUGGACUGUUCCGAAUGGAUUCAAUGUCCAGGAGCAUCUCCUUCUGCCUCAGCCGAGAAGUGUAUCUAAUCAAUUCAGACAACAGAUGCCGAAAAGAAAAUUUAAAACAGCAUGUUUAACUGUCCGAUGUCAAAGAUGGUUAAUAUUAGUGAUUACGAAACAAAUGAAGUCUGGAACUGCCUUUGGUAAUAACGACAGAUGACAGAAUUACAUAGCAGCCGCUCAAGUUCAUGCUUUAGGGAGACAUAAAGUAGGUGCGCUAACUCAUUAGGUGUUAACCGAAAUUCAGAAAUGCAUUCUUGUUUUAAAAAGAUUGGUUAAGCAGGAUUGUAAAAAUAAUCAUCCUGCAGCGCAAUUCUAUAAUAAUUAAGUUACCCCUGGAAGCCGGUUUUCGAAAGAACUUCUUCCGGGCCGCGUGCAAAAAGUCACACUGUGAAGAAUGAUUGCAUAAGUAGCAUUAGUUUUUCUCAUUGAUUUUUCAUGCCCUUGAAAGUUUAACUAUUUUUCAUUCUUUUACUCAUUUAGUGGAGAGUGACGUCUUCUUCCUAUUUUAUCCUCGAAGGAAGGGUAUAAUUAGGUUUUAAAAAGUUUCCAACUGUGAGAUUUUGUAAUACCGUGAAGUAUUUGACAGGCAGCAGACAUCCACGUUGUACUGAUAAAGGCUGCGUGUGGUCAGACUGCGGGCACCAGGGUCCAGGAACGUUCGCACAUUCCAGCAUCCAAUACCGGGUGUCCGUCCACGAUUGAGUAGUCCAGCUCGCAUACUAUUCGCCCGCACCACUGGACCACGGUUGCGGAGCGCGUCGGUUCCCGAGGACGCCGUAGCAUGGGUCGUAAUACUGCGAUCGGACAUAUUUCAUGAGGUUUCUUGGGAAUUUCGAAUACGGGCGGGUCCCCAACAGCCGCUCGGAUUGUUAGUUCGAGGUUGUCUCCUCUAGCGCUUUGGCUUAAAAACCUACCCACAAGGCAGCGGUGGCAAGUAAAUUUAUUUAAUGGCGGUUUACGGUCGCCAUGUCACGAUGCCGUCAUUGGGUUUUGCGGAUUUUUAUAAGGCUUUCAGCGUGCAAGACCUCAGCCCAUCGCACCCUGAUGGCAAUGUCGUUGCUGGUCCGCGACUGCUUAUUCGUCAGACCUGGGUCUGCUUUUUUCGCAGCUAACCUUCACUGAAGGUCGUCCCACUAUCCGCCACCUGUGGACGCGCCGGGUAGCCAGCAGUUAGGCUUACGGGCAACCCGUCUUCCCGGGUGAAGGAGCCGUUCGUCGAAUAUCUUGUCUCUGCACUUACUAGUGAGGUUCGAAUCCACUGCUAAAUAGGCAGAAUGAUAUUACCGACAAAGACAAGGGAGACUGGAAUGGCUAUUUCUGGCUUAUUAGCCGUCGUCAGCCAGCCAUACCCAAGCCCGAAGUGUGGAACACCCGAGCCUCGAACUCGCGACCUGUUGGGUUAGAAGUCAACGCCUCUACUCACCGGGCCACGAGCCUGCUAAAUUUCAUGAGUCCCAUAUACUCUCCUCUUAAUAUUGUAGAGAAAUGUAUGAUAUUCCUUGCGUAGAAAAUAUACGGCUUGCAGCUUGGAAAACCUGAAUGCAAGUGAAACGGCAGGUCGUGAACAAAAUUAUUCGAUAUUUGGAAACGUUUUUGAAAACAGAGUUAUGUCCUUCCUCUUUCUCUCGUCAACCAGUCAACCCGAAGUGUGUAACACUCGAGGCUCGGACUCGCGACCUGUUAGUUAGAAGUCCACACCUCUAAUCACUGGGCCACUAACCACUGUCGGUAAUAACAUACUGCCUAUAUAAUGCGUCGCUGUGAGGCUGCUGGCUGGGCUCGAAAGAGAGCCCGUAAGGCACAACGGAACGAGUGAGUUCCGUAAGAACGAUCGGUGAGCGUCCCCUACCAUUGUUCAUUCCCGACAAAACGCCGGAUCGGAAGUCAAUGGACUACGCUUUCUCUUCCCUCUCUUAUACUCUAAAGACUUGUCCGAUCCAAAUGUCAGAGAAAAAAUCAGAAGCAGUUGUUGCCCUGCCAUUAACUAAACUUCUAUCGCGUUUCCUACAAUGACCUAAUCCUUUAGAAUUGAGAGAUGCCAUGAAGGCCACGCUGAGGAGGAGUUUUUGUGUUCUGAUCCUCUUUCCAACAUAAGUUCGAAUUAUCCCUUUAACUGACAGUCUUCUAGGCCGCGACUGUUAACAUGUAUUUUCCACCAAAUUGAAUUUAUGGGAGUGAGGACAGCUGGACACCCCAGGACAUAAACCACGAUCGCUUGUUUUGCUCAUGUAUAUACAUUUCCAAACCUGUCAGUCGACUGGUAUUGAUCUUCGGCUCAUUGACCCAGGUUUCCUGCAAGUUUUAUGGUUUCGUCUUAUUACUUCACUCGGAUAGAGCCUCGCUCAAUCCUGACGAAACGGAAUUAUCCCGCAUAUCGUUGUCUGUCAACGUCUGGGUCAUUUUAAGAAAUAGCUAGCUCAGUGCUGGGGAGCAUAGAAUUAUCACGCUAGACCACAACUCUUAACACACCGUUUUAGUUUCAAUCAUGUCGGAGUCAUUAUAAUGAGGGGUGCUCUAAUGUGCGCGCUAGAGCUGGAUUCUCCAAUUUCGGUCGCAUUCUCGUCCCUCUUCCGAACCUGAUGAUGAGAUUAGCCGCGGUGAGUGGCACAGUUUGAAGGCACAGGUCCAGGGUGUCACAUCCAUGUACGACAGUAGUUAAGCCCUCACGCAAGCCCAUCACAGCCUGAGAAACUCGUGCUGUAAGCCAGCGUGGACCCAAUUUAGGUCCAGCACGCCUUCAGGACAGUCCGUUAUAGGGCAUUCAGCACUGAAUUACUUUAAGUUCCCGCCCCAUUUAGGGGUCUGGUGCAUGCAACGUUUUGACGAGUGUUUUGCUCAGUUUUGCCUAUCCAUCUGAGCUACGUUUUCCACACGUCCAUUUCCAUCCCCUCCAAGGAGAGCGCUGGACUUGCAAGCUGAGUUGGACAGAGCGACCGCAGCGCUAGAGAAGGCGAAGAGAGACUUGGAGGAGGCCCGUGCUGAGUGGGCCAAAAUGAUGUCCGACAAGGAAGCGCAGCUGGAGGAAUCCAAACAGCGACUCAUCGACCUCGCCAACUCCACGGCCGGUGACCAGGCUGCCCUCGACGCUGAACGCCAGCGUCUGCAGGACGACAUUCGACGUAUGCAGGCGGAGAUGGCGCAGCUGAUGCGUGAGUGGGAGGCCAAGGAGGCGGACUUGCUACGACAACGCGAUGAGGCUCUGAAGAAGCAGGUCGAAGUCAAGAAGGUUCUCACUAGUGAGAUUGGUGUGGGUGUUCGUAUGCUUAGUCUGUGA